AUGCGUACAUCCCACUGUUCGCCAUGGUAGUUUGACAGAAGUGAAUUGAACUGGUCGCAUUUUGUAAACAUUGGCAACUUUUCUGCUCCACUCUUUUGCGUACGGAAAAACACCGGCAAUCUAUCACACAUUUUGUGCAAAUUUGAAUUGUACCAGCGCUCCUCAACAUGUUUCUGACUAACAUUCUGUUGAAGAAGGCAAAAAGCAAGAACAUCCUGGUGCUGAUGGAAAGCGCAGUCAGUGGACAUCAGUUUUCCAUGAUCCGAGAGCGGUUGGCAGACAAACUGGAACUGCAGCGCUUUGAUCCUUACAUUCAAAGGAUGUCCCUGUACCGUGAGCGCAAACGGCUGCGAAGUUUGAACUGAAUUCAGCGUUUCCGGAGACCCGUUACUCAAUUGUAGACUGUAUAUAAAUAAAUUGAACUAGCUUACAAAACCAAAA